GUAACACGUGUGCAGAAGUUCAGUCCACGUAUCGCUUUGGCUGUGCUGGCACAGAAAGUCGUCGUCGCCCGUUAUAUACUAUAGUAGAGUGGUGGACUGUUGAUGUGGAUGCCUAUUCGGACGAAAGGUCCGCUAUGCUCCGGCACCUCCUCCGAGCGCUCGUCUCCCUGCAAGUUGCGUCCGCGGCCCUCUCCGCCGAAGACCCACCAAGAAUUGUCGUCUUUCCUCGGGACCAGACGGUGGUGACCGGUCAGGUGGCAGUGUUCGUCUGCACGGCCAUCGGAAACCCGCCUCCGCAGAUUGAAUGGCGCAGGAACGGCAAGCGCAUCAUUUCCCGGCGCCACACGGUGACCGAGAUCACGGGAGGCUCCGUGCUUCGCCUCUACUCCGUCCGCAGCGUUAAGGAAGACGCCACCUACGAGUGCCUUGCUAAAAAUGGUGUCGGUGACCCAGCCAGGGCUGAGUUCAAGCUUACUGUAGUUGAAGAGUACCAGAUUCCACGGGGCUUCCCGCACUUCAAGCUGCUGCCCAACCAUCAAGGCGUGGAGCGCAACCGCAGCGCGCUGCUUCCCUGCAAAGCUGAGGGAGACCCCGAACCCAGGUUCUCCUGGCUCCGGAAUGGCAUCCCCGUCGACAUGUCCAGUCCUCGAUACUCCCUCGCAGCUGCAGGGUGA